AUGUCACAGACUGGUGUCGACUUUGCGACUGCUGUUAAGCAAGAGGCUACCUAUCUUCGUCUCGUACAUCCAACUCCAGAUGAUAUCCCCUCCUGUUUCAGGCUGAUGGAGCUCGCAAUGGGCUGUCAUGGCAUUCGUUCGCAGGUGAAAUCAUGGUACCGACAAGGCGAAUCCUCACGGUGUGCAUAUAAGCACGACGACUUCAAGUUCUGCCUCAGUAUGAAAUGGAUGGAGAGUGACGAACGAUACGAAGCGUGGAUUAAUAGGCGGGCCGAGUGGUGGGCAAGGAGAAGGUUGGACAAGAGUAGUGAGGAUGUAUGGGCCAUGCGAAUGGAGCCCCGAAAGUCAUUCCCCAGGCCUGUUACGGAUAAGGAGAUACAAUCAGUCCUAGAAAAUACGGAAGAAACACUCAUGUAA